CGCCUUUCUCCUAACGUUUUCGUACAUCAAGUUUGGACUGCCACACCUUUGCGCCCGUACCUGUACCAGGUUUGCAGCGCCUCAUUGUCGAAUCCACCAAAGUUUACCUUGUUUGCUUCCGAAGACAGACCUCAACCCAAGACACAAUGCCGACCGACGAGAGGAAGCAAGCUAGGAGCAGCUCCCCUGUCGCCCGGGAGAAGCUCGAGGCCCAGAUUAAGAGCGCUGAUAUGACUGAGGACAUGCAACAAGAGGUCAUCGAAGUGGCCCAGGAGGCGAUGGCAAAGUUUACCAUCGAGAAGGACAUUGCCCAGCAUAUCAAGCGAACCUUCGACGAGAGGAAGGGGCCCACCUGGCACUGCAUCGUGGGCCGUAACUUCGGAAGCUUCGUGACUCACGAGACCAAGCACUUCAUCUACUUCUACCUCGGCCACUGCGCAAUCCUACUGUUCAAGACCCAGUAGGGAGGCGGCCUCCUCCGUUUUCUCUCCAAGCUGUGAAAGGAAGCAGCAAAGCGGGGCGGUUCACCAACUCCCCCACCUGUGAAUAUGUAUAUAUAUAUCUACGUAUACGACACAGAGGUCCGACACAAUUUGCCUGCUUUCUUACACAGCGAGCGAGCCGACGACGGCGACGACAAGACGGAAACGGAUGGAGGAGGAUCAGCACGAGGAGGAAGGUCGGUCCGUGGCGGAUAACCACGUGGGUUGGCCAAACAAAUCUAAUCAGAGUUCCCGGAGCAGGGAGCACCAAAGGAGCUCUCGGCUUAGGCGGCGGGCGUAGAGGAGAAGGCGGGAGAGGAGUAAAGGGGGGAAGGUUGCUUAAUGACGGACGUAACAAACAUGAUGAUUGACGCGAACAAUUCUGUCUUAUAUACCUGUCGAUCGAGGAGGCGGGAGAAUAGCCGAUGGCUUCGCUCCUCCUUUCCCGGUUCGCGAAUGAUACACGACACCCAAACUAACCUUC